GAUUCUCCUCGUCUAUAGAAUCCUUGAUGAUUGUGGAACAAGGAUUCCAUCUAGUUUCUGGGUGAUUCAACACGGAAGACCCCAAGAAAGGGAUCGAGGCUAUGUGGGAAAGGUCAUGGCCCAACCGUUUCUCAAGAUAUAACAGAUCCUGAGAAUCCUCAUGUUAGGUUUAUACUCCAUUCAUUACGAUUCUUCCUUUACCCAUUCUCUUAUAAUUAUAUCGCCCUUUGAGAGUUAAAGUCAUUCACUUCUUUACUCUCUAUCUUUUCAGCAUCAAAAACCAUUCGUUUUUUUUUUUUUUUUUUUCGUUUCAUACCAACUCUCGUUGAUCAACUUAUUACAUAAUAAUGAAGACUCAAACCCUCUCCGCCCUCGCGGCUUUGGCCACCGGCUUCCAGCUUGCUGCUGCCACCGGAUGGGCAGACAAGUCUAGCUUUUCUUGUCCUUCAAACACCAACAAUGAGUGCUCCUCGACUCAAAAGAGCGGAUGGGAUUUCAGCGACCUCACAUCUGGAUCUUUCAGCAACUAUGACGCUUUCUCCUUCUCUGGAUUCACAUGCUCAAACUCUUUCGGCAAACGUGACAACCCAAAGUUCCCAAGGAGAACUUCCGGAAAAUGCAUCUCUGGUACAGCUUCUUCAGACCAUGGCUCAUGCCCUCAAUUCUCCUGCGGUAGCUCCUCCAAAUCUAGCUCUUCCGGAUCAUCAGGUCACUCUGGAUCAUCUGGAUCAUCUGGAGAUAUCUCCGCUUUCUCCAUCUCCACCGUUCACGUUACCACCGAAUUCGAUUGCGAUCUAGAAUUCCACUAUGGUAUGGGUGAUGGAUCUACUUGCAAGCAAACUUCUUCUUGCUCAAGUGGAGGCUCCAUCAUCUACAACUCUCAAUGUGGUGGUGCUAAGAACGUCACCGUUGUUUACUCUUCCGCAAGUCAAACACACACCGCCGCUACUGGUAAGGCUUCUUGCAGUGUUGGUAUUAGCUCCGUUGGAUUCGACUGCAGCUCGGCAUCUACCACUCAACACCCAUCCACCACUGCUAGUGCCAAGACCUCUGUCAAGACUACCUCUGUCAAGACAACCUCCAGCGAAGCUUCCAAGCACACUUCCAUUGAAUCCUCCAAGACUACCUUGGCUUCCUCCAACAAGGUUACCUCGGUUAAGAGUACUCCUUCCGCUACCGGUACUUCCUACACCCUUGUCGGAACUGGUUCUACCCAAUCUUCGAUCAUUGGAACUUCAGUCAAGCCAAGUUCAAGUGCCGAGACUAGCAUCAAGACUUCAGCUAAGCCAAGCUCAAGCGCUACCAGCCUCAUUGGAACCUCUGUUCACACUUACCCAGCCGGUACCGCUCCAGGAAACUCUGCCUCUUCUAUCAUUGGUACAUCCGUCACUGGAUCUGGAUCUUCAUCUGUUGUCCAAUUGACUACUUCUACCAUCUACGCCACAUCUGUCUCUACCAUCAUUUCUUGCGCUGCCACUGUCACCGACUGCCCAGCUAGAUCAACUGCUUUGACUACUGUCGUUAUUGCCGUUUCUACUACCAUCUGCCCAGUCACCGCCACUGAGGUUCCAGGUUCAUCCGCUGCUUCUUCCAUCAUCGGUACAACUGUUGCUUCUUCUCCAGCUGUUUCUUCCCCAGCUGCUUCUUCUCCAGCUGCCUCUUCCCCAGCUUCUUCCCCAGCUGUUUCUUCCCCAGCUGCCUCUUCUUCCGUCAUUGGUACAACUGCUGCCUCCUCUCCAGCUUCUUCCCCAGCUGCUUCUUCUUCCGUCAUCGGUACAACUGCUGCCUCCUCCCCAGCUUCUUCCCCAGCUGCCUCCACUGCCCCAUGUGUCUCUUCUGGUGUAGUUCUCUCUGGUCAAACUGCUUGCCCAGUCUCUUCCGGAUCUGCUCCAUCCUCCGCUGCUUCUUCCAUUAUCGGUACAUCUGUUGGAACUGCCCCAAAUUCAUCCUACGCAACCACUAGCUUGACCAGCCUUGCUACAACUGCUUACACCACCGUUAUUGUCCAAGAAUCCACCACUAUCUGCCCAGUUACUUUGACCCACACCACCGGAGGAGUUACCAGCUUCGAGACCACUUCAACAACCUCCACCGUUCGCUCUUCAGCAACAGUUGUUACUUCCAGUGUUAUCACUAGCAUCGUUGUCCCAACCAGCGCUGCUUCUUCAUCUGCUGAGGGUAUCACAUCUGUGCCAGCUCCAAGUGUCACUAGCGUCCAAACCACUGCUUACACCACUGUCGUUGUCCAAGAAUCCACCACUAUCUGCCCAGUUACUUUGACCCACACCACCGGAGGAGUUACCAGCUUCGAGACCACCUCAACCACCUCAACCGUUCUUGCUUCUUCUACUGUUGUCACCUCCAGUGUCAUCACUGUUACAGCCCCAGCCAGCUCUGUUGAAGGUGUCACUACUACCGUUUCUGCCACUACCCCAACUGAGACCGCUUCAUGCCCAGAUGUCUUGCCUCAAUGCUUGAACACCUGGAUGUACUUGGUCGGUUGUGAGUCCAACACUGAUUCAGACUGCUACUGCCCAGAUACUGCAUUCAUUAACAGCGUCUUCGGAUGUGUUUCUGCAUAUGGUGUUUCCGCAUCUGACAUUGAUGCCGCUCAAAAGUACCUCCAAGGUAUCUGUGCUGCUCACGUCUCUACCAACCCAGCUAUCGUUACUGCUGCUUCUACCGUCUAUGUCCCAGCUGCUUCCAGUGCCGUUGCUACCUCAUCUGUCCAAGGUGUCGCUUCUACCCCAGUAACCACUGUUACUCUUAGCACCACCUUGGUCGUUCCAUGCACUGAAUCUACUGGUUCCCUCUCCGGAUCAGUCAUCCCAUCUUCAUCCACCACAACCACUAUUGUUACCGCUAUCACCGUUCCACAAGUUGCUUUCUCCACUGCUCCAGCAGUUGGAUCAGCAACUGCUAGCGUUGCUCUUAUCCCAGGUACCGUUGCUGCUUCCCAAGCCGCUGGAUACACCACCUCUGCUCCAUCAAGCAGUACCAAGGUUGUUUCCGGUGUUGCAGGAGCCACCAACGUUCCACCUGCCGCUACCACCUCCGCUUCCGUUCCAUUCACCGGCAGCGCCAUCAAGAGCACUAGCAGCUUUGGCGGACUCAUCGCUGCUGCUCUCGUCGCAAUCUUUGCUUUGUAAGCGAUUGAUUCGAAGUCAUUCAUAUUUCAUUUUGUUGAAGCAAGAUUAUAGAAAUCAUGCAUAGCAUCAAGUCCGGGAGGCGUUCAAUUCGAUACCAAUUUCAUUAGUUCACACCUGAUUUUCUGUUUGGAGGAAAAACAUAAUCAGCUUUGUUCCAUCUUUAUGGACGUUACGCCAGUCUGGCAUGGUACACACGAGGGUUGGGAGGGGAUGCUGGAUCGUAAUAUGAUCAUGAGUAAUGGAUGGGGAAUUGAAAAGAAAAAGUGUUGUCAACACUGUAAUUAUAGAUUUUUCCUUUGAGAGAAUAUAUAAAGAGUUACCCUUUAAUCGUUUGUGUUUUUUGUGUGAUUA